AUGUGUCGUCUGCAAAUUGAUUGCCGGCUGCUGAAGUUCUUCCUUCGUCUGUUGCUGCUGUUGAUGAUGGCAGUGCCCCAGACAAAGGCGUCUGGUGUGUUUCAGCUUCAGAUUGAAAGCGUGCGAAACAUCCGCGGGGAGACAGCUUCCGGGAACUGUUGUGACGAGGGCUUGGUGACCCCAGAUGGGUGCAAGGAUCCCUGUGAAACCUUCGUCAGGGUGUGUCUAAAGGAGUUCAUGGAUCGCGUCACCAUGGACGGAUACUGCACUUUUGGUAACUACACAACCGAUGUUCUCGGCGAGAACGAGUUUAAGUAUCCUUUGAACAGUCCGGAUACCCUGAUACAACUCCCCUUUGACUUUGCUUGGCUG